ACGACCAUGUCUUACCACCGAGCCUCGUCACCAGGAAGCCGUCGUCUGGCUCAUCCAGCGCGCUUGUCUGACGGCUACUAUCCUCCUUCCACGUUCGCCGCCUAUGCUUCACCCAGGUCCAGUGGUGAACGUGUUGUGCCCAUCUCGACGGCCACUCUCGUCACACGAGACGCCUACUCGGGCAGACCCCGUCGCUCCACCCUGACCGACCCUUCGCGUCCGACUACCAUUCCCUCCACCACCAACACCGCCCUCCCCGUCCACUCUGUCCACCCACGCAGCCGGCCUGCAGUCAUCCAGUCCUCGCACGAUCGUCCUCAUAGUCCCUCGAGCCCUCACGGCUAUUCCACUUCUACUCGCACUCCCGACUACUAUGCCGUCCCUGCAACCUCGCACAAAGACCAUUCGCACAAGAAGGUAUACAGUAUCGAUGGCGGCGGCAAGUCUCGUCUUGUCGCCGACAUAGACAUCAAUACCACUCAUGGCAGCUCCCACAGACGCAAUAGUGUCGAUCGCAACUCCGAACGUCAUUCCUCGUCGCACCACCGACACAAGGGCUACCAUCUCAGUGGCNCCUCGACCAGAAAAACCGAGAAUGACCAAGGCUUCUCGUACACAGAUCCCGCCGCCAUGUAUAGAGAGACCGAGCCCCGCUGGCGACACCGUGCUGCUAGCGUCGAGGCAACUCGACCCAGACCUACCAGUGCGCUGGUCGAACAAUACCCUUCUCGCUCGUCAGCAAGAGACCUUGGCCCACCUACAUCGCGUGCUCUCGACAAGUUCAACGACGGCGCUGGUCGCAUCAACAGCACACGAGAACCUCCACGAUCCUCCAACAGACCGUCUUACCAAGAGCCCGGAUACAACGACGGCUAUACUUCCUCUUCCGGCCGUCACUCUACUGCUGUGCACCAAGACCGUACACACGACGCCUAUUCAAGAGAAGCCGAGCGCGCUCGCCCGAUGCACCGCUACGAGGAUCGUAGUGUCGAGCGUCGAGGCUUCGGCAUUCGCAGUGGCAGUCAAGAUAGACACAACCACAACCACAACCACAACAUGAACAAGGGCAGCAGCGAAAGCUUUGAUGCCUACUACUCGGACCGCGACCGUGAUUACCUCCCGCCUCGCAGCAAUCCUCGCACCUACGAUUAUCCAAAAGAGUCUGAUCGGGACCGGGAGUACCGUCCAAGAGACAAGGACCGCGCGAGCGCGAGCGGGAACUCAGAGAUCGCGGCCGCGAAAAGCGUGAGUACGAAAGGCAACGUGACAGAGACGUGGAGAGAGAGGGUGAAAAAAGAACAAGAGAGGACUUACGAUCGCGAGACACGUACUCGUGAAAGACUUCGAGAGAAGGAAAGAGAUAGAGCCAGGCACUCUUCGUCCUCUGAUAGCGGUCAGGACAGACACAGGAGCUCAAGGCGACACCGCACCCUUGGAGCUGACAGAUCUCCCNCGCAAGAGAAAGAUGCUAGACUUGGGGCUGAUGACCGACAGCGCGUUCCCGAGCCUGAUCAUACACAUCCGCCCGACGAGCGUCAAUGUGUUCCUGAACGCGAACGUCCUGCUCUUGCUGAUCCAGCAGAGGUUGAUCCUGAUGAAGAUUACCGUCGCCGCAUCGAGCAGGCACAAAGAGACCUGCAAGGCUCGCACGACAACGUAGACUCGGACAGAGAAAGAAGCACGAACGGAACCGAGCCUUUUGCUAGCAGGACCGCUCCUCCUGCCCCGGCAGCCGGCGUCGACUACCCUGAGGUCAGAGACCACCGGGUACGCAUUGUUGAGCCUCCAUCUGACAGGGAAGACUCUCAGCCAAUCAGGGGUAUCUUGAAGAGGCCUACACAAAAGUUCCCUGAGGAUCCGAACCCCAUGCGUGAAGGCGUCAAGCCACUGAAAGAGCUCAACAAGGCAGCAAACACAUCCUUCUUACCACUCUCAUCUACAGNNACUAGCAAAGAAGGUAUCCCCUCAGGCGCCCGUUGGACCAAGAUCGACCGCCGCCUUGUCAAUCCACAAGCUCUUGAAGAAGCGCAGGAACGUUUCGAAGAGCGUUUGGAUUGUGUAAUUGUACUCCGAGUCUUGACUAAAGACGAGAUACAAAAGCUAGCAGACAAAACAUUGGAGAUCAGAGGUAUCCCUAAACCAUGCAGUUCAUCCGUCAAUCUUUCAACAGCUAACGUGUCUAAGNAAGCCCGCUCGUAUGACGAUGAAGAUCGUGAACGCCACGAACGACGCGAGAACCGCCGUCGUGAACGCGAACGCGAACGACGCGAAAGAGACGAAUACAAAGAUGACGAUAGUGAAGAUGAAUAUGCACCUCGAGCACCGCGCAUGCUUGAAGCUCCUGUCGAUGGGCAGGAACCCACCGCAGAUUUUGUACGCGAUCGAGAACGACGUAGAGAGCGUGAGCAGGAACCCGCUUAUGCUCCACGCGCAAUCUAG